ACAAAAAAAACAAACACAAAUUCGCUCAUCCCGCAGAGCUCGCUCGUACGGAAACUCGCCGUCGUCCCGUUCGCAUUGUUACAAAAACGUCCUCGAACACAAAAGUAGCAAAUUACCGAAGCGAUGCAGCGGCUUUAGUGUAGUUUUUUGUUGCAGUGCGUGUUUACUUGUGUUAACCGUUUGUGCAACAGCCGCCCAGCCGACAAGAGCGUUUUCUCCACCACCCAGAAAAACAACGACGACAACGACGACGACGGUGCAUUAUUCAAUCUCGCGAGCAAAAGUGACCUUUCGGUCCGUCGGUCCAGAAAGCGCCCGCCCUACUCCCUCUUCACUCCACCUGCACCUGCACUCGAGCUAUCCGCCCGUUAGCCCCGCAAAACGAUGAGCGUGGUGGGCAAGAAGCUCAGCUCGUCGAUCGCCGCCCAGGAUGCCCAGGAAGGAUCCGGGGCGGCAACGGGGACACCGUCGGGCGGUGGUUCGUCCACAGGCACGACCGGCCCGACCAGCCCGAUCACGCCGGACUACGUGCUGCAGCUGAACAAAAUCACCGACGACUACCUCUGCACGCCCGAUGCGAACAUUUACGAGAUCGAUUUUACCCGCUUCAAGAUACGGGACCUCGAGUCCGGUGCGGUCCUGUUCGAGAUCGCGAAACCAUCGCUCAGCGACAUCACCCACACGGCGGCCGGUAGUGACAGUAGUAAGCCGAGCAAGGAACCGGGUGCGGCCAACGAGGAAGCGAGUAGUGGGGCACCGUCCGCUACCACCGGGGAACGGGGCACGGAGGAGGCGGAGGAAACGUUCGAACCGAACGCUGGCCGCUACGUGCGGUACCAAUUUACGCCGCAAUUUCUCAAACUAAAAACCGUUGGUGCUACUGUCGAGUUUACCGUUGGCAGCAAGAGCGUGAAAAACUUUCGCAUGAUCGAGCGGCACUUCUUCAAGGAUCGGUUGCUGAAAACGUUCGACUUUGAGUUUGGCUACUGUAUUCCCUUUUCUAAAAAUACGUGUGAACACAUCUACGAGUUCCCCACUAUCCCGCCGGAUCUAGUGAACGAAAUGAUUCAGCAUCCCUUCGAAACGCGCUCGGAUAGUUUCUACUUCGUCGACGGUUGCCUGGUGAUGCACAACAAGGCCGACUACGCUUACAAUGGAGGGCUGUGAGCAGGGCAUGAGACGCCAACGGUGGUGUUUUUUUCGUGUAUGUGUGUGUGUGUAUGUGUGCAUUGAAUUUUGGUAAUAAUUUUGCCUCGCGAUCUUUUCGCGCGAUCGUACGAAGCAAGGGCGCGGUUUUACGUGUGCGCGUUUGUGUGUAUCUUUAGUAUGUACGUGAAUGUACGUGUGCCGGUAAUGGAUUUCUCGUACGUGUGUGCAGACCCACAUACACACACACACACAAACCCGAGCACUACAUUACGCAGCAAAAAGGAGGGAAACGCGAGGAUACGCGCCACCACUACACGCGGUUCUUGUUCUAGAAAUCUCCCCCAAAACGAUCGAUGGUGCUGCUACGACCAGAUGUGGCGAUGUGGAAGGUGAAUCAAGCUGCAAGAAAGUGACCAAAGAGGCCGAACGGGGCACGGGAUGAAGUUAAAUGAUAAACAAACAUCAGCAACCCUCGGGCGUGGCCGCAGUACGGUAAACACGAGAGCGUGAGAGAAAAAAAAAGAAACAAAACAGGUACGUUAAAUAUAAACAUAAUUCUAUAAUGCAGAUCAGCAAGAGAAGAAAGUAGAAAAACCAACAAAAAAAAACGGAAAAAAUCCAAUCGAAACUAAAAGAUAAAAGACAUUUUUGAAUUACUCUCUUCGAUCCUGCUGCGAAAGCUGCCCCGCAAAAAAUCGCUGUAAAAUAGGGCAACAGGAGAGAUUUACUACUGUGUUACAUACACGCAAGUUUAUUACGUGCUCGGCUUUAACUGUUCGUUGUAUUUAUGAAGUAAUGAUGGGAAGCAGGGGGAAACAUGCCCAUCCCAAAAGCAAUGUGUUAGGAUUAGUGCACACGGUCGAAACACGGAGGUUACACACGUAACGGUGCGUAACAUUACUCGAACCAUGAAACAGAUGUCCCGCGUCUAGUAGAACUAAAAAAACUAAAGAGAAGAAGAAGCAGUAGCAGCAUCAAUAGCUAAAACAAAACACACACUCGUCUAAUCACCUUUCUUGCCUUAAUUAUCCGUUUGUUAUCGAUGCUUCCCGGUGCUGAUGGGUGCUGAAGCAAGCCGCUGGUGCCGGUCGGCCAGCCGGCCUUCCCCAACAAAACACACGAGGGGGUAGAGAGAGAGAGGGAGAUUUAAAAGGAAAGUCGACGAGUUGAUGAAUGAGAUAGGCAUUAUAGGGGUAACGGCAAGAGCAACGGUGCUCUGGUGAGAAGAAUUGUAUUUUAAAAAUAGACAGUACACGGCCCCACAUCGAUGCACGCGUAAGAAGGAGUCAAAUUUCGGUUUUUUUUUUUAAAUAGCAGAAGCAAUGCCGAAGCACGGCGCGCAAAUGUUCUAUACACCCAACCACUUGAUCUGAGAUACAGGAACAGAGCUUUAUAUUUAUCAACCCGAGUCACGAGUCACGAUCAUCUCAUUCGCGCGUUAACUCACUCAAACACGGUACUGUAUUUAAUUUUAGCAAUAUUUGCUUCGCAAUGGAAUGCCAGAAAGCAAACAAUUCGAAUAAUUCUACUUAAAACAACAGCACGGUGGUAUGAACAGUGUGUUAGCUGAGAGAAUGCGAUUAGUAUCGAUCGAUUAUUGAACGAAUCAGUGUAAAUGUUUGCGACCAGGAGUGACCACCAGAGGAGACAUUUUCUCUGCAUGCAAUUGAAUUGAUUGAAUGGAACAAAAACGAUUUGAAAGGCAUUUUUGGUAGUGAUUUUGAAGCUCGUUGUCGUCCUCUCGGGCCGCUUUCUGGCGGGCUGGGAUCAAUCACACACGCUAUUCCCUAAUCCCCAAACUCCAGAGAGCUGUGUGUGUGUGCCCUUUGACCCCUUGUGCUAACCGUUUGCCUUUUAUCAGCCAUUUUUUGUACGGGCGAAAGCUUACGACGAUGAAAGCAAAGCCAAAAAUCGAAUCAUUUCACUUUCGCACCCACAAAACACCACCACACAGGGGUGGUUGUUUGCUUGCGUGGAGUGACAAAUAAUAACCAGCCAGCCCGACCUCCCACUGAGGAGCGGGCGCUUUGUUUUUGCGCCAUAUUAUACGCGAUGCUAUUCGCGUGACCGCAGCAACAUAACACACACCGUUAGAGAGAGGGUGGUAGAUUUGUUUUUUUUUUCUCGUUCUUCCUAUUUCUCUCUCUGUGUGGUGUUGAAUUUCAGCAUGUAAUAUGAUGGGGUGGUUGGGGUUCCCCCCCCCCCCAUCCCAUAUGUGUGUGUGUGUGUGCGCGUGGUUGUGUAUGCUGGCUGACACCGUGCCACCGUGGUGUCCAUGGUCGUUACCCAUACUUUUUAUCGAUUGUAACUAGAAACACAAACCGAUGCCGAGUGUUAGGUGAAAUGAUUAACUUUUGUUGGGUUCUAGCGCCUUCCAAAAAAAAAAAAAAAUUCAGUGUAUUAAAGCUCGUUUGGGAGCAGAAAAAACUCAUUUUACGCAUACACAAAGGAUGUAAAAUGUGGUGCCGUUCAUAUUGGGAAAGUAAAUUAUCAUUAUAAAAUAAAUUAUGUUUAAAAAAAUAACGACUAAAAAAACAACACUAUCGCUACAACCAAAACCGUCAGUACUGAAUAAUAGGAAAAGCUAUUUAAUAUUACAAAAAAAAAACACAUAAACCUCACAGCCAAAACUCACACAACUGCAAUAAAACUAAAGGCAAAAAGUAAAAUAACCUCACGCGAAACGACACCGGUCAGAAAGUAGCAAGCAAACUAAUAAGAUGAAAUAAUUAAGAAAGUCUCAACACAACAACAACAAACACAAUUAAAAGUAAAUCGUUAAAAAUGCCACAACAAUGUAUAGAGCGAACAGAAUAUAGCAAUAGUUGUCGCCCUAAACAAUAAAGAGCGCAAAAUUAAAAAAGUCAAACUAAAAACACUGCUCCUUGUCCACGCGCCACAAUGAAACGAAGAAGCGGUUCCAGUGCGACCCAAGCCUCUCUAAAUGAAGACAGUGAGAAAACGCUUGCACGUGUUUGUUUUUAAAACACACACACAAACGUACUAGCGGCUAUCGGGGAAUGUCGGGUAAACAGAACUGAGUUUUAGCAACAGCAACAAAAAACAACCUUUAAGAUCAUAGAAGGACAGUUAAUCCUUUAACUAGAACGAUCGGCGAAACGAAAGGAUGGCUUUAGUACUUAGUAGUAGCGAUAGCCAUGGUCUUAGUAAAUACGCUCCCUGUCCCCCCCCCCCCCCAAAAGAGACUAACACGCAAAAAGGGAAUUGUUGCGUGCGAGAUCAACACGCGAUCAUGCGUAUCAUCAUCACCAUCACCGACUGCGUCGAGGACAGCUAUGCCCCGCCACCCAAUUCAUUAAUGAAUUACUUAGUAAAACAUCAGUGCUAGUGUUUAACAACAUACUUAGGUGUUCUCUACCCAAUACAAGCAAUAGCAACAAACAAAGUAACCGCUGGUAACACACUAAGCGAAACAGACAGACAGACAGGAGAGGCUGGGAUAGCAAAGCAUUUUAAACUCUCUUCUCACCGAGCGAUUGUGGUGGUGAUUGAUGGCAGGGGGACUGAAGCGAAAUGGCCAUAGUGUUUAAGGAUCUUCAGGCUUCGUUCACACGUAAUUUACUGUAAACUACCCGCCCAGGAACUGUUUUUUCCUUGUGAUUUGUCACUGUUUUUGUGUGUGCGUUUGUGGAGAUAUUUUAUGGGAAAGCAUUUAAAAGCUUGAACAACAAGAGCACUACUAACCGUUGUGUUCCAUCUUGUGUCCCAUUUUCUACUAGUCUAGUUUGAACUGUUUUUAGCAUAAAAAAUCAGCCAUUUCAGUCUCCAUCCUUCAUUGAACUCUAGUCAUUUACAUUUAAGUGUGUUAUGCGGGGAGGGUUUUGCCGCAAGUAACGCAAAGGAGGAAGUAACGCUUAGUAACGACCACCUAUGAGGGAAUGGGAUAUAAAGUUACAUUACGUCUUUUGACAAUGUUUUGUGUCCGCUGUUUUCUUGGAGCUUCACUCAGUCGGUUAGCUUUUUUUUUAUUAAGAAAAGAAACGAAACGGUUGACCACCACAACUUAAAUACCACGCCGCCCAUUUAACAAGUGUAACGUUACCACAGCAAAAAAAAAAAAACAAAACAAAAAACAAAUCUAAUUCGGGAAGCAAAACAAGCGUAUGCGUAAGGCAGCGAAUAUAUUCCUAUGUUAUAGAAUAAUGAAAGUAAAAGUGUAGUAAAAGAUAGCAAACAAGAUAAAAAUAAAGCUAAAAUCGGCAAAGCUAAUUAAAUUGAAAAAGGAAAACAAGUAAGGUAAACAAUUAAUAAACAAAAUAACAAAAAAGCACAUUUUGGCUGAAAAAGCGGAAGUAUUAGCGGAAACAAUAAAAUGCGAAUACGUAGCACGGCGUUGGUGGUGAGCAUUGAAUUGAAGUAGGAAAAAGAAUGAGAUAAAAUAGAGUUAAAUGAAAGGAAUGAGUAACAAAGCGAACCAGUUCCAGAGUUUUGUGCGAAAAAGGAGAAGAUUUUCUUAAAGAAAAGAAAACAAACAGAUGGAAAGAGCACUGUUCUUUUUUAGUUUUCUGAGGGGCUUGUGCCAUAUUUAAACCAGUUAAAUCGUAUUCAAUGUAAAAGAAAGCAAAACUGAGUAAAGAAAGAGCCCGUAAAGGCCCGUGAGGAAAGAAUAGAAUGUUAUCUAGGGUAAAAACGAACGCGACGACGAAACACGACGUGGUGCAAAACAAAC